GCAGCGGCUUUUUCAUAUGUUGAGCAAAAUUUGUGCAAGAAUGUUCGUUACCUGUGUGGUUCGGAAUUAGCAAUCAUACAGUUGUUAAAUAAAAGUUAAAUUGUGCAACAAAAAAAGCAUAGAUAAAGUAGAAAACGUCAUUGAUAGUGCGGAUUCUUUAAACUUAAUUACAUACAUAAAGAAGGCAUGGAAAUUGUUGAAUCGGCAGCAGAGGGUAGCAAAAAACAGAUGAACGAAGUGUUAACAGUAGCAGCGUCGUCGGCGGAGGACAUUAGCAAUAGCAACGUGACUGGUAGUAGCGCUGCUAACAGUUCUGCAGCUGCUGCUUCAACAACGGAUAAAAAAAAAGAAAAUACAUCAAAAACUGCAACCACUGGAUCAACUGACGUCAAAGAUAUGGAUAUCGAGAUUGAAGAAAUUCAACCAAAGUCUUCAGCACCGGCAAGUUUUUCAAAAGUUGAUGAGAAAACACAACAGCCGUCUGCUAAAUUAACAUCCUCUGUUACUGUCGCUUCAAGUAAACGUAUAGAUCAUGAUAUACCCAUUAUAUCAAUAUCGGAUGGAGAAGAUGCAGUGGGUCAGCAUACACCAACAACUGCGCAAAAAGUUAGCCGUAAACGUAAUAGUGUAGGCGCAGCUAAAGCUGAGGAUGAGCAAUUUCUUCUGAAACGGCGUAAAAUUAAAGUGGCCGGUGCGCCAAAAAUGCCCUUAACAGGUUAUGUUCGUUAUAUGAAUGAUCGCCGAGAGUCGCUACGCAAGGAACUGCCCACAAAAACGGCGAUUGAGCAUACAAAAAUCAUCGGUGAGGAAUGGCAAAAGAUGAUUAAUCAAUGUACUGGUCUUACUUUCAGCUAUCUCGAUGAAUUGCACACAUUCCUUAAAGAACGUCCUGAUGUGUUGGCUUGUGAGCUGGCGAAGAGUAAGCAGCAAAAGAACAAAGGUCCUGGGGAAGCUGGAAAACCCGUAUUGAAGGAGAAAUCACAAUCAUCUGGCAAUAUCAAAUCACCGAAUAAAGAGCCGCACGUCAGCACAAACGCCGCCAGCAAGGAUAAAUCGCGGCGCAAUUCCGAAAAGGAUAACUCGCCACCGCCGGCUGCAAAAGCAACAGACAACAAACAUCGACGUAAGCGUACACCAACACCUCCUCGCGCACAAAGUAGCAAUAACAACAGAAACACCAUCGCUUACACAAGCACCCCAAACAAUGCCACUUCCGGCAACAAUCACAACAGCAAACCAACAACAGAAACAAUUGAUAAUACCGCAUCAACUCUCUUAUCCGCCACUGUCGUACCUGGCGAAAUACCAAUUUUCACCAAUGAAUUUCUAGAGCAUAAUAAAAUUUUCGAUAUGGAAUUGCGUACGCUACGCAAAUCCAAAUCAGAUUUAGACACACAGAAUGCUGUGUUGGAGAAACAUGUGGAGAAUAUGAAAUUCGGAGUAGAGAAGUUGACUAACGAAAAUGACGAGCUAGCGGAGAAGAAUCAUUUACUUGAAUUGUACUUGGAAAAGUUGAAAUCGAAGUUGGCGCAGGCGCUGUCCAGUUUGGCCUUACCAACGCAGCCGAAUGGCGCAACCAUGGAUAAUAUCGAGAAAUAUAUGGGCGACUUGUAUAAGAUGGCUACAACCAACACACACGGACCGGCGAGCCUUAACAAGGCGAAGGAUAUUAUUAGAAAAUUAGAUUUACAGAUUAAUUUGUAAGCGCGCGCAUAAUGGUGGGGAAGAUAGGUGGCGCGGGUGUGAGUUAAAGAGGGAUUUGGUGGGGUUUAGCGUUGGAGAGGGGAAGAUAUAUAUAUAUAUACCUACAUAUCGUUACCUUAAUACAUAUAGAAAGGCCCUAUCUAAUAAUUUAUUUCUUUACGGAGUACUUAUGAAACUUAUUAAAUGGUGUAGUUGCUUUCAAAGUCUAUUAGCCGACUUUUGUACGAAGCUGAAUUUCGAAAGAAAAUUAGUUGGGGUUGUCUAUAUUAAAGGUAACGAUAUAUAUGUUGAUAUAUGUAUUUAUGUAUAGCUAAGGGUUCCAUAAAUUUAUUUCUGUUUAAUUUAAAAAUAAUAUGUGCUCUAUAGAGAUGAGUUACUUAAUUUGGUUAAGUUUUUGUUUAAGCUUAUGUUUGAUUAAAUUUCUGAAUUUUUUAUAUACAUUUUUGUUAUAAAUUCUGUGUUUUCGCGUUAUUGUUACUAUUAUUAGAACUAGUUCUGUUUCUUUAUUUUUGUAAGUUAUAUUUUAAAUUAAAAUUAACUACUAUGCACACGAUUACUAGCUAUUUUAAGGUGUACAAGUCAUAGGUCAUAUCAGCAUUUGCAUAUAAACGUAUAGAACGUUACUUUGACAAAAUAAGGGUCAUUCCUGUAAUUUGUGAAAAAUCUUGAAAAUAUCGAGACUGAUCGUUCCAUCGAAAUUGGUAUGUUCAAGUAUCGAUUUGUUUUUUUUUUUUUAGUUUUUCGAGUCAAGGGGAAUCUUGCAGUGUUGAAUUGUGAACAGUGAAAGAGUGGUGUUUUUUUAACAAA